AUGUCUCAAAAGCUUGGACAUACCGGAUUGGCUUUUGCACGUUUAUGGCACCAUGUGGAUAUCGCUCAAGAUAAGAGAACUCUCGGUAGAUUAGCAUCAUCGAUAGCCGUGACGUUAAUUGGUAAACAUAAGCCCGUGUAUCACCAAAGUCAAGAUUGUGGUGACUAUGUUGUCAUCACCAACUGUCAAGCAUUGCGUAUUACGGGUAAGAAACUACAGCAGAAACACUACUGGUCGCAUUCUGGUAAACCAGGACAUUUGAAGUUGACGCCAAUGGAGAAACUUAUUGCGGAUAAGGGCUAUGGAGAGACUUUGAAAAAAGCAGUCAGUGGUAUGUUACCUAAAAAUAAACUACGUAAGGGUAGAUUGGAAAGGCUAAAGGUCUUUGAAGGGAGUGAACAUCCUUAUGGGAACAAUAUAUCUGCAUUUGCAUACCAACAACCGCAAUUGAACGAGAAGUCCAGUUAG